CUUGUGGUUUGAGAGAACCUCUCAAUUAUUUGACCUUCCAACAUUCAUACGCAAAACGACCAAUUCGAUCGGAUUUGCAAGUGAUUGAUACCCUUCUUCUCCCAAGCCUGUCUGCGAAUCUUUAAGUUCUCGGUAUUUCUUGAAAAAGGAAUCAAUGGGACCAAAAGCUGGAACGUUGGUUAUUUUCUUGCUGGGGUUGACCUUGCUUUCUGACGCUAGAUCUUUCUUUCACUCUUCCCAAGUCUCAAAGGAAGUAAUAAAGAAUGAAAAAGUUUGCACUCUGUGUGAGGAAUAUGUUGACGUUGCUAUCAGCUACCUUGAGAAAAACGAAACACAAGCACAGAUAAUCGAGGAUCUUCAUGAUCGGUGUUCCCUCAUGCGUGAAUUUGCACAGCAGUGCAAAACUUUGGUUGACUACUAUGUGCCUCUUUUCUUCAUACAACUUGAGUCGUUUCAACCUGAAAAUUUCUGCAAGAGGAUGAAUCUUUGUGACAAAGUGGCAGCUCUUGUAGAAGAAGCCCGUCAGGAUAGUUGCGGUGUAUGUCACAAGACUGUUUCAGAUAUUCUCAUCAAACUACAAGAUCCCGACACACAGUUGGAUAUAGUUGAGCUACUUCUCAAGGGAUGCAAAUCAUUCAAGAACUACGAGAAGAAGUGUAAGAGGUUGGUGUUCGAGUAUGGACCUCUGAUCCUGGUAAAUGCAAACGAUUUCCUAGUGAAAAAUGACGUCUGCAAACUCUUACGCGCAUGUCCGGCCGAGCAAACGGUUUCAAGGCAACCAGGGUCGGCGGAUUCUUGAAUGUUACAAAAUGAUGUGUAUUAUUCAUACGAAUCUUUUGCAUACUACUUUGCGAACUGUCUAAAUGUACGGAUUUAAGACACACACGCACACUCCAUUCCGUAAACGUUUUCUUUGCAUUUGUGUAAAUAAUGAUCUCUACAAUGGUACUACCUCUGUUAUGAUUGUAUCCUACAUGUUAAGAAUAAUGUGGAGGGGCAUUGAAAUAGUUCGUUUGUUACUGAAUGAUUUGUGUAUAAACAUAACUCUAUAGUGUGUGUGUGGCCAAAAGUGUCAACAAUCUUAGAUACAAAAGCCAUUUAUUGAUAGAAUAUAACUUCCCAACAUCAAAGAGAACUAGCAUGGAACAACACGCUAAUUCUAAAACAAAGACAAAAAUAAAAACACGCUAAUUCGAUUACAAACACACACCUUUAUUACAAGAAUUCCCUUCCCAAACACUUAGAAGCGACAUAAACAUAUAUUACAUGAGUUACCAAAAAAAACAUAUAAUACAUAUCUGUUAUUAUGAGUUGCCCGUAUACCCGUGUUUGCAUCGGUUGUAGAUGGUACAUUCGCUGUUCUUCUGACUAUAGAUUGGGGUGCACAGAUGAUCCUUUGAAGAAAUACAUACCGGCUGACGGUCGGGGGUGCGAUAGAGUAGAUAGUCUUUCUUAAUCGGCACAAGGGAGACCCAAAUUACUUCUCCACUAUCUUCAUGAACACCCGUGAGAUUUUGCCAGCCAUUGAGCAUAUUCCCUGAGGUUGCAACGGCAAGGAGCAGAAGGACGAAAAAGACUAUUGACUUCAUUUGUCCAAUUAUUUGUCUGGCUUUUUUUUUUCUUUUUUUCUUUUUUAAUCUUUGGUGUGAGAAGGGAUAGGGAAG